AUGGCACAAAGUUACAAAAUAACACUAUAUAGUAUUUUUGUUGUUUUUKCCUUUUGUGCGGUUUUUGCUGAACAGAAGCAAACUUUGUCAGAAGCAAUUUUCGCACAGACUUUUUUGAAACGAUAUCACUACCUUUCACCAUUGAAAUCYGGAAACCAUGACUGGAAAACCGCACUUCAAUUGUACCAAGCCUUCAUGCAUCUACCAGUGACUGGYAAACUCGACGAUGCAACAUUUAAGGAGAUGAAGAAACCAAGAUGUGGWUUUCCUGAUAUGGAGGAAGAUAGAGAAGGCACAGGUAUAUCAAAGCGUUAUGGAAUAUCAGCCCAGCCAUGGACCUCUCCAUUUUUGACUUACGGGUUUGUUAAUUAUUGUGAAGAYAUGACGAAGUCGCUCUGUGAAAGCACCAUCGCUAAAGCAUUUAAACUUUGGUCAGACAGUUCURUACUCAACUUCACCAAAGUAUCUGAUGUWUCUAAAGCAAUCAUCAAAAUCGCUUUUGUUCGUCGAUCCCAYGGCAACUGUCCAUUCUCGUUCGAUGGUACAAGUGGCGUGCUCGCACAUGCUCAGUAYCCAACUGGUGGAAGUAUCCAUUUUGAUGAGGAUGAAGUAUUUACUGCUCAAAGUUAUCCCCCARUUGGAACAAUUGACCUGUAUUCAGUGGCUGUCCAUGAAAUUGGUCAUGCUAUCGGUAUUGCUCAUACUGACAUUAAGACAGCAAUCAUGCACUCYGAGUACAAAUACAUCGGUGUAAACAUACCACUGCAUGCUGAUGAUAUAAACGCUGUAGCCUACUUAUAUGGCGGAGGAACAGUACAGCCUCAGGUUACACAGACUCUAAACUGUUCAGAUUCGUCUGCAGUCUGUGCAAAGUACAAAUACCUGUGUACUGCAAUAGAUAACAAAGCUCAAAUGAAAAAGCUAUGCCCUUCCACGUGCGGCUACUGUACAGUCUUGAAUUCAAAGAUCUGUGUCAACAAGAUAAAUGAUGAUUGGUGCGCGGCCUACAAAGCUAAGGGGGUGUGCAAAGAUCCGGUGGUUCUUGAAGGCUGUCAAAAAGAUUGCAACAUGAUGGUCUGA